CUUUCAUUCAGCAGUGAAACAUGUGCACUUCUCGCGAAAUCCACUUUCUGUGAAUCUGGGGCUGUGAACAGUAUUGAUCACUGGCUCUCAAUGAGAGGAUUAAUGGGAAUUCAGACAAGUGCUUGGACGCUUACUGGUGCAUAUUUGGAACUAGUUACUGCUCCAUAAUGGGUUACAAAUCAACAUCCAUGCAUUGUGUGUUAAGAUGCCUGUGCUUCAUGCUUCUCCAUUUCUUUAGUGUGGCUCAAGAUGAAGACCUAAGAAGUUGUAGGACUGCACCAUGUGAUUUGGUCUUUAUUCUAGAUGGCUCGUGGAGUGUUGAAGAUGUCAAUUUUGAAAUAGUGAAGCGAUGGCUAGUCAACAUAACGACGAGCUUCAAUGUCGGGCAGAGGUUUACCCAGGUUGGAGUCGUCCAGUACAGCGACAGUCCCCAUUUAGAAAUACCUCUGGGGAAGCACUCCACCAACAGAGACCUCAUCAAGGCGAUGGAGUCCAUUGAAUACAGGGGGGGUAACACAAAUACCGGGGCAGCUAUUGAGUUUGCUACAGACAGACUAUUUGGCCUCUCUGAGCGAGCGAGCGUUUCCAGAAUUGCUGUUGUCCUCACAGAUGGGAAGUCUCAAGAUGAGGUUCUGAAAGCUGCUGAGGCAGCGAGGAAAAAACGAGUAAUCCUGUUUGCAAUUGGUGUUGGUCCAGAGACAGAAAAGGAUGAGCUGAGGGACAUUGCAAACAAGCCAUUUUCAACUUAUGUCUUCUCUGUUGAGGACUACAAAGCUAUUUCCAGGAUCAGGCAGGUCAUAAGACAGAAACUAUGUGAAGAGACUGUUUGUCCCGCCAGAAUUCCUAUAGAUUCCCGUGAUGAGAAGGGCUUUGAUAUCCUGUUACAUUUAAAUCUGGCAAAAAAAGCAAAGAACACUAAAGGGACACUUUAUGGCACUAAGGCCUAUCAGGUGACGUCUCGUGUUGACUUGAGUGAAGCUACACGGAACCUUUUUCCUGAUGGCCUGCCUCCUUCAUAUGUUUUCGUGGCCACAUUGAGGUACAAAGGAUCACUUGCAGAAGAGGAGUGGGACCUGUGGAGAGUACAGACACGAGAUGGUAAACCUCAGAUGGCGGUAACUUUAAAUGGUUUUGACCACACCGUCAUGUUCACAACAACCAGCAAGGCACCAAAUGGGAUUCAGACUGUUACUUUUUCACAACAGACAGCAAAGCUGUUUGAUGAGGAAUGGCACCAGCUACGUCUGCUGGUCACCGAAGAGGAUGUCACUCUUUAUGUUGAUGACUUGGAAAUUGAAACCUUAUCACUGGAGCCCCCUGUUGGCAUUUUCAUCAAUGGAAAAACCCAAGUAGGAAAAUAUGUCAGAAAGGAAACAACAGUGCCAUUUGAAAUUCAGAAACUUCGCAUUUACUGUGACCCUGAGCAGAACAACCGGGAGACUGCUUGUGAAAUACCUGGAGUUUGCUCUGAUCGCGCUGAACCGACUCCAGAACCUUGUGUUUGUCCUCCUGGACCUCCCGGACAACCAGGAAUGAAGGGAGAGCAAGGAAGCAUUGGUAUUCCUGGUCAGCCUGGUCCUCCUGGUGCUGAUGGUAAGCCUGGUAUCCCUGGGCUUAGAGGAAUUCCAGGUCUCCCAGGUUCGCCGGGAAUUAAGGGGUCACGUGGACCAGAUGGGUACAAAGGAGAGCAAGGGAGGCCCGGUGUUUCGGGUGAGAGGGGUAUUCCUGGGUUACCGGGGCCACCUGGACAACCAGGCGAGAAGGGUGCACAAGGGACCCCGGGAGCAGCAGGGUUACCAGGAAAAACUGGACAAGUGGGAGAAAAAGGAAGUAUAGGACCUCUUGGGCCACAAGGUCCUCUGGGAGAACCUGGUCUACCUGGGAGAGAUGGAAAGAGUGGAUUUCCAGGAAGACCUGGUCAAAAGGGAGAAGCUGGAGCCAGUGGUAUUCCUGGUACUGACGGAAGGGAAGGCCAUCCUGGUAUGCCUGGAUUGCCUGGAAAUGCAGGCCUUGAUGGACAAAAGGGAGAAGUUGGUGAGCCUGGACCCAGGGGCUUUAAAGGAUCGACUGGACCACCUGGUGAAAUGGGAUUACCUGGUGAACCAGGUUUGCAAGGACCGAUUGGACUGAAGGGGAAUAUGGGUGAAAGAGGAAGUCCGGGCAUAAAAGGCACACCGGGGCUUGCGGGCAUUGCAGGGCAACCAGGAAGUCCAGGUCAACCAGGGCACCCAGGCAUGCCAGGAAUGAAGGGAAGCAAGGGACAGAGGGGGAACCCAGGUGAAAGGGGUGACAUGGGGAUGAAAGGUGAAAACGGAGAGCAGGGGCAACCAGGGGGUGUGGGAUCAGCUGGUCCAAUGGGUCUGAAAGGAGAGAAAGGGACAGCAGGGGAUCUGGGGCAGAGAGGUCAAGAAGGUCAAGUUGGACGACCUGGACAGCCAGGUCAGUCAGGCCAACCAGGCCCCCGAGGGUUGCGGGGAGAUAUGGGCCCUCCUGGCCCACCUGGACCCGAAGGAAGAUAUUUAAGUGCAAUGUCAGACAAUCACAUUCGGCAGAUAUGCAGAGAGGUUCUUCAGGCUGAGCUGCCUCUAUUGAUACUGAGCAAUCAGCAGAGUAGCUGUACCAGGUGUCAAAGUCAGCCUGGAUCUCCUGGCCCACCAGGUCCAAUGGGGCCCCAGGGACUCAGAGGUCUUCCUGGGCUUAGUGGUUCUAGGGGACUGCCAGGCCGCCCUGGUCGGCCGGGGUAUCCUGGGAUUAAUGGUCUCAAAGGAGAACCAGGUUUCAAAGGGGAGAAGGGGAGCCCUGGUCGGGUCAUGAUUGGAGAUCAUGGGCCUCCUGGACCUCCAGGUCCAAUGGGUCCGGAGGGACAUGGUAAACCAGGUACUCCAGGCAAACCUGGGCCCCCUGGUCAAAAUGGCCCAGAGGGUAAAAGUGGUAAUCCUGGCAUCCCUGGUGAGCCUGGUGUGUGCGAUCCAUCCAUGUGCUAUGGAGGCAUGAUGAGGCGGGAUUCUUACAGCAAAGGCCCAAACUAUUGACACAAGGCAGCAUCACUGCAGGCACCAGUGUAAAGCUGAUGCAGAACAGAUAUUCUCAGGAAGAUCUCACCAUUAUAGUUCCUCUCUGACAUGGAAACAAAACGUACCUCUUCUGACACCGUUUAUGUGACACCUUUUAAGCAUCCCAGUUUCUUUGAUGGUAUUUUGUAUUAUUAGUCAUAUGGCUUUGAACAUUCUUUGAAAAUUUAAUGGUGUUAAGAGGAUUAAUGAUUGGCUCCAGUGAAUACCUCUUAUCCAAGCACCUUGUAUGAGGUAUCAAAUGUGCCAGCCAUGUAACGCACAGUACUCACUGCAUUUAAGAUUACUACGCAUAGACUCAUGCACACCAUCUAUGAACACACUACAGCUAACAGUUUGAUGGAUGUUGUAUUAGGUGCAGCAUACCAAACGCCAGCAAACAUAAAUGUCUAAUCAAGAUUUUAUUGCAUAUCAAGAAAGCUUAUUAUGGUUUUCCAACACAAUCUUACCAAAUCUUCUGGUUUGCUGACAAAAAACAUACACCUGUUUACUGUUUGAGCCUUAUAUUUAAUCUCGAUGAAGAGAUGAAUUUAUAAUUAGAACUAAUGAGAACACCUUUGAGUCUGAGGUGUUUGUCAAUCCUGCUGUUGUCUGAAGCUGUUGGCAUUUAGUAAGCUCAGAGGAAGGACCCAUUUUGAGCCAUGCCAUCAUUUACUUUGAAUGAGAUUUAUGGCAUGCACUGCAUUAACAUCAACUAAUUACAUGCAUACCUACUUCAAAACGUGAGGUGUAGAUUGUAUGUGCAGAUUACACAUACAGUCAAUUAUGUUGAACAUUAUUUACAUGCAACCUUUCGAUUCUUGUGAACACCACACCUAAAUAAACCCACCAUUUCCAGUGUGACACCUAUGAGUAUAAGGCCUAUGUGUACAUUGUGAGUCUGUGCAAAUUGUUUGUGAAUGCUAAAUGAACGGUGAUUGUUUGGUCACAUCUUAAUAAGGUGUUACUAAAGCAUUUGACUGCAGUUGGCUGACAUAUUUGACUCCUAAUAAUCUUGAAGUUUGUACUGUAUGUCCCUGUGGCUGGUACACUUUCUUAUAUUGCCCCCUUGUGUUCCUUCACUGCAUGUUGCGUUAUAAGAUUUUACUGCACAUAGGGCAGGUGCCACAUGUUCCACUAAAAAACAGAACAACAAAAAUCAACACACAUACACACACAUGAAAAAACAAUGAUGAUUUGUGAAUUGAUUCGUGAUGAAUUAUCACAGAAAUUAACACGUUUUAGCGCAAAACUGUGACUUUGAUAUCCUCUUGCUGAGUACUCACUCCUGGAAGCUCGAGUUCAUAAAGCAUUCUGACUUUUGUGCGUGAAAACACAUCACCCCGGUUACCCUCCUACUGCAAUACUUCUCCAUUCAUUGCCAUGUCUUAUUUGUUCUAUAUUUAGGAUGUAAUAUAUAUAUAUAUAUAUAAAAAUGUUCCAUCUAUGAACACACCAACACUUUAGUUUCACAUUUUAAUCCAUUUAUGUUCCCCCAGCUUACCUUUCAUUACUGUAGCAGGUUGUUUUUUUUUUAAUUUAUAAGAGAGGCACAUCACAUUUCAGCAGUGACCUUUCUUAAACAUCUUUUGUAAUGUUAUUAUUUGGUGUGAAGGUAUGACUUUUGCCAUUUUUAUUU